AGAGGAGUCCUUUGUACCUCAGAAACCUCAUCUGUCUAAGAAGCUGAAAGCCAACCAGACGCCCAUCGCCAUGGAUUGCUGUGUCCCCUACGGCUGCAGUGUCCCCACCGGGCCGGCCACCACUAUCUGCUCCUUCGACAAAUCCUGCCGCUGUGGAGUCUGCCUGCCCAGCACCUGCCCACACACAGUUUGGUUACUGGAGCCCACCUGCUGUGACAACUGUCCCCCACCCUGCCACAUUCCUCAGCCCUGCGUGCCCACCUGCUUCCUGCUCAACUCCUGCCAGCCAACUCCAAACCUGGAGACCCUCAACCUCACCACCUUCACUCAGCCCUGCUGUGAGCCCUGCCUCCCAAAAAGCUGCUGCUGAUGGAUGACUACUUUGCUCAGUGCCCGAGAAUGAAGAACCUCGAAGCUGUCUCUUCCGUAUUCACUUGCCUCAGUAGUUUACCAGAUGUUUAAGUAGACCAGAUCUGGCCCAGAUAUGAAGAACUUACCUUUGGUUUUAAUGGAGGGAAAAAAAAAACCCCUCCAUUAAAUUUUUAUGGUUACCCCUCCAUUAAUUUUUAUGGUUAUUUAGCUGAAUAACCAUUUGGUUCAUGUAGGCAGGUGAAGGUGUUUUAUUAGCAAAUUACUGUUUGAAUCUUUAAGACCUCAGAAUACAUGUUCUUGGUCACCUUCCUUCCUGGCUCUUAUUUCUUGUAUUGGGUAUUUUCAUUGAAGCAAAAGAAUUUCUCGGCGGGUUUUUGAAUAAACUUUAUUUCUCUGGCAAGAUGUGCCCUUUGCUUAUGUUAGUUUUGGGUAUAUUUCUUCCGUAACUACUCCUCACCUCUGAAACUGAGUGACCAAAUCUAGGUUUUAGUUAUUCUUCCUGUAUGCUAGCCUGACAUGCUGCUCACCUCCCAGUCACUGCAGAAUCACUCAGC